AUAACACACAAAACAAAAGAAUAAUAAUUUAAGGCUGCUAAUCAGUUUUGUUCUGUAUCAUGAACCAUAUAUUUUGCUAAUAUACAGAAUAUUUUGGAAGAUGUCUACGUAGCAAAAUAGAUUUGAUCAAUAAGUUGAAAAUCUUACACUAUGCCAAGUAGUACUAGCAAUCCGAGAAGCAGUUCCCGGGGAAAUGGACGGAGUUCCCGGAGAAGUAGGUCAGGACAUCGGUCUCGCAGUCGACACAGAGAUCGAGAAAGCCGAAGUCACAGUCGCUACCGGAAUCGAUUUCGAUUUAAGCACAAGGAAAGAAAUUUUGCAGCUGCCGUCUGUAGCAUGAUAUCCAUUGUCAUAAUGUGCGUUGCCCUGGCUGAACCUAAAUGGAUUUCUCUUAAAGGCGGAAAAUGUGGACUUGAAUAUCGCACUCCUGGCGGGCUGCACUUCCUCGGGGUCUUCCAGUUUUUCUACACGGGACAUUUUAUAACACCAAUGAAGUAUAAAUACGGACCUGCAAACACUGAUAUUAUGAGUAACUGUGUUACGUAUAAGGCAGUUGUCCUCUUCAAAGGUAUGAUUGCCUUGACAUUCUGUGGCAUUCUGUUCGGUCUUGGUGCGUUUCUCCUCGAUUUAAUUGGCUGCAUCCAGCAGGGCUUGAAACUGCUUCACAGGAAUGCUAUUUUGAGUAUUAUUACAUCCGUGUUAUGUGUGUCUGUGAACAUGUUCUGUUACUGGGUAUCGACGGAGGUGGAGAAAGUUCAGAAGAGCACCAAGCUGCAUUACGGCAGCAAAGUCGAGGUCACAUUCGAUGUCAGCUUCUACCUCAUCACAGCGGCGGGCAGCAUGUCCGUGUUCGCAGUGGCAUGCAACUGCCUGCGCCGCUACCCCACAUAUGAGGAUUCUACCCCACUAACCGACGACUACGACGACCUAGAGGCACUGAUAGCACGCAAUCCCGAUGCCUCUCAGAUGCUCCACAUGCCACCACCCCCAGCAUACACACCCACAGCUACUACAGCACCAUGUACAACAACAACAGCUACAACAACAAGUUCAACCUCUACAGCAACCACAACAGCCAGCGUGGCAUGAUUACACAUUUUAAAAUACAUGUACAUAUAUAUAUUAUAUAUAUAUAUAUAUAUAUAUUUAAUGUGGUUUUACAUGUGCUUCAUGUUCAAAUACAUGUAGUUACUAUGCAGAGAUGAGUUUUAAGAUAUUUGUUUUUAAGAACUGGUGUGUGGUAAAUUGUUACCGUAAAUCCUCGAAUAUUGGCUGGAUAUGAAAAGAGAGAAAGGUUUUCAUAUAGAGGCCAUGGUACAGCAAUCUCACUUCUUGCUUUAAUAGUUUUUACCAGUACCAAUUCAAAUAGAACUAGAGUUCAAAAUAAACUUGUGUGGGUUUUUUCGCCUUCAAAUGUCCAUGUAAUUCAAAAUAUUUGGCAUGUUUUAACACUAAUCAGCUAACAAAUUGUUUUAUUAAUUUUGUAACUGUAUUAGACAUAUAUAAUAUUAUGUGUUGAUGAACAGAAGUAUUUUCACAUCCAGUGAAAUAAGUUGCAGAAGACAAGUUUAAAACAUAUUUACAACUUUUUUGUUUGUAAUAAGUCAUACAAUUUAUAGCACUGGUGUAGGAGGGGGGGGGGGGCAUGUGCCCCCCACUUUUCAGAUAUUUUGCUUUAUAUUUCCUUUAUAAUAGUGUAAAAGUGCCCCGCCCCCCCCCCCCCCCCUCCCCCCCCAGUUUUGGCACUUUCCUAUGCCACUGUAUAAUAGUAAAUACCAGUAUGUACAGUCUCCAGAGUUACUUUUGAAAUGGUGUCUAAGAUAAUAGACGCAUUACCAUAGUUUGACACCCAAUAGCCGAUUUAUUUUUCGUGCUGGGGUGUCGUUAAACAUUCAUUCAUUAAUUCAUUCAAAAUAAUACACUGUUACUCUUGUUACAGACUGGAAUUUCUCUUAGUGGAGUUCUGUUCAACGAUUUGCGGUUUUCAUAACUACUUAACUGGUUUCAGAACUAUCUGAGAUUGGGUAGCUAUUUAUCUGGUUUUAUGUCCUGUCUGGUACUGAAACAACACCAGAUUCCUAUGUGUGUGGUGGUUACAAGACUCCUUGAUGUCUGGUGGUACCAGACUCCUAGAUGUCUGUCAAAAAUUUAGGUGGUUUUUUUCCAGCACGAUUGUGUUGCACAUGAAUGAGAUUCAACAUGAUGGCUGCCCUAACUUUGAGUAUAAUUAAAAGCAUCGUUCUUAUUUAUGUCAUACAUAUGUGGAAUUCAGACAUUAAGACAAAUCAGAAGUUCUUUAUAUUUUUAUUAGGUGGUUUUUAAUCUCUUCAUAUUUUACAGUAUUAAUUCUUUAAACUUAAUAAGAGUUAUUUCCCUUGACCUGAUAACUUCAUUUUGUUAAGUCUUUUUAGUGCCUGGACCUCUUUUUGAAUGUAGGCACGUUAAUAAAGUUAAAAGUAAAAAGGUAAGUCUUUGAUGUGAAACAAUUAAAAAAUAUAUACCAGCUUCAGUGUUGUAAUGGUUACCAUCAGACAUAAGGCAUCCCGGUACUGGCUUACAGCCAGAGUGAGUUUAACGACUCUUUGAGUAGGACCGGCCUCGGUGGCGUCGUGGUUAGGCCAUCAGUCUACAGGCUGGUAGGUACUG